AGCUGUUUUGUAUAGAUCUUAUUGGUUUUUUAUCACUCACUGUACUGAUAUGAUAUAUCAACUUGGGCAAACACUUUUAUGCCAGGUUCUACUUUCGUAACCACUGACUGAAGAGGCUAUAAUGAGUUAAGAAGCAUAGCCCAAUUAGGAUACAUCUCUUUUUCUUUCUUCAGAGUUAAACUCAAAUAAAUCAUCGGACUAUUGAUAGAUUGAAUAAUAGGCUCUGUUAUAUCGUUUAAAUAUUUGAAAAGGUCGAGAUUUCCGUUACCAUUACUUUGCUUUGGGUUGUCAGAUAGUGACCUUUUACUUUAUUUUUUUCACCCAAUACCUAAUCUUUUCUAUUCCUACUAAUAUUGUUAGUACUACUGUGGUGAGCGAGAACUCAAGUGGUAACAACCGAAUGUUUUUGAACAUAAAAUUACAGAAUAUCUUAGUAAAAUCUGAGAACUCUACAGUGAAUACUCAAUUUGCAAGAUGUCAAUCAAUUGUCACAAACUUGACUGUUCCUUUUAAAAAUAUCAGUCAAUCGUCUGGGACUUCAAUGUUCCUGCAUUUCCAUACCAAUUGCUUUCUGUUCCCGUUCUUUCCCCCUCGAGUUUCUGUUGCCAGACAUUCUAUUCCCAACUAGCGUAUAUUCUACUUAUGUUUAUAUAAGUAGCACACAUCACACUACUAUUUUGGGAUUAGGAUUGAUAUUGCUAAUGUGAUGUGGUAACUUCAAUCGGUUCAUAUUUGUGCCUGGUAUAAGUCUCACAUGACUGUAUGUCAUUUCAAAAAUAUUUUGAAAACUACAAGAAAUCAUUAAUAGUAGCAUUGAUGACCUAAUGUAAGACCUCAAGCAUAAACUGAUCAUCUCUCAAAUGAAUAAGUUUAUGUAAAAAGUGGUUCAUUUUGGUAUAAGAAAAACCGAUUAUAAACCAUGUAAGCCAUGCAAAACAAUCACGUACACUCAGAUUUUAUUACUUUUGUGGUGAUAGAUUCUUGUUUUUGUUAAUCUGUUUACUCUUUAAUAACGGGGAUAUCCAUUUUAAAGUUACUUCUGACGUUGCUUAAGGUUUUCGCUAGAAUGAAUAUUCACUACAACAGCAGUAAAUCGCUCAUAAUGAGGGUAGAAAACUAAUCUUUUACGACAACUGUGGUUAAAUAUCAGUGCUUUUGUGGCUGGUCUUGAUGCAGGAUUAAUCUAUAAUUCAUGGCCAAAAAUGGCUGAUAAGUGGAUUCCUGAUGAUUUAAUUGUAUCUCGAUAUGGUUCUACUGUGAGGAACUUUUUGGACAAUCCAACUACAGUUCAAUUUACUCAUCGAAUGCUAGCUUAUACAACAGUUUUAACCACAGGUUUAUUAUGGGCAAAUGUCAUGCGUUUAGGUGUAGCAUGUACAGGACCACGUAUUAGGAAUGCUGCACACUUGGUUUUUGGUGCUGUGUUAGGACAAUCAGUACUUGGCAUAACAACUUUAUUAUGUUAUGUACCAGCUUCAUUGGGAUCAUUGCAUCAAUGCGGUGGUGUUGUUUUACUUUCAUCCGUACUCUGGUUUACGCAUUGUUUACGUGCUGUUCCAAAAUAAAAAGUUGCUAACACUUUUUUUAUAUAAAAUAAUUGCAACUUUUUUCACUAUCUCGUUCAUUUUCUAGAUGUUCCAUUAUAAUCAUUGUUAAUAUAAUCUUGAUAAAUAUAAUGCACAAAGUAUUCAAAUUGCUUCAGAAUAUGUUAACUAAAAAAACUAAUUAUAU